AUGUCUGUGCAUGAUUAUGGAAUAAAGUUUACUACUGCAUAUUGCAAACCAACCAUGACGCGCAAGUUCUUCGUCGGUGGAAAUUGGAAAAUGAACGGCGACAAGCCAUCUAUUGACGGAAUCUGUGUGUUUCUCAAUCAGAGCGCAGGUGUCCCCGAUGUCGAUGUCAUUGUCGCUCCUCCCGCUCCUUACCUUACUUAUGUUAAGGACCACUUGAAGAAUUCCGUCAAAGUUUCUGCGCAGAACUGCUAUAAGGUCCCAAAAGGAGCCUUUACCGGUGAAGUCUCGCCAGCCAUGCUCAAAGAUUUGGGCAUUGAAUGGGUUAUUCUAGGCCACUCCGAGAGACGUCACAUCUUCGGCGAGUCGGAUCAGUUAAUUGCUGAGAAGACCGUGCAUGCUCUCGAAGCUAAAAUCAAUGUUAUUUUCUGCAUAGGAGAAAAACUCGAGGAGAGAGAAGCUGGGAAGACGAAAGAAGUGAAUUUCCGUCAAAUGCAAGCCUUGGUUGACAAGAAGGUUGACUGGACAAACAUUGUUAUUGCAUACGAACCUGUGUGGGCUAUAGGCACUGGAAAAACUGCUACACCUGAACAAGCUCAAGAGGUGCAUCUAUGGAUCCGUGAGUUUUUGAAGGAAAAGGUCUCUGCUGAUGUAGCUGAGAAGACCCGCAUCAUUUAUGGAGGAUCAGUAACGGCUGAUAACUGCAAAGAGCUUGGAAAGAAGCCUGACAUUGAUGGUUUUCUAGUUGGAGGUGCAUCUUUGAAGCCUGAUUUCAUCAAGAUCAUCAAUGCACGCAAAUGA